AUGCCGUGUAACAGGCACAUAAUCCAGGGGAACAGCAGAGAUUCAAGUGCGAGAGAGAAGGAAGAGAAUGAAAAAGGGAAUGGGAGAGGGAAUGGGAAGGAGAACAGUAAAAUAUUACAUGUGUAUAAAACCCCUGAGCACAAGUAUUACCUUGCUGAAAAUUAUUGUUUUGAAUCAAUUCCCAAACUUAUACACUACCAUCAGCACAACUUCACCAGUUAUCCUAUGUUCCAGCAUGCAGUAUCUACAAAAGUAAAUAAGGUCUCAACCACAGCUUCAUCAGGAAAUUGAAUUUGGGAGUUGAAAUGAGAAAAAAUUGUCCUGUUGAGAGAGCUAGAGAGUGCUCAGUUUGGAGUGGUGCUUCAGGGAAAGUGGAAGGAAAAAUAUGAAGUGGCUAUAAGGAGGAUUAAAGAGGGAGCAGAAGAUGAACCCAUAGAAGCUCAGGCCAUGAUGAAAAUUAAUAAUCCCAAACACUUUAGACUGUACAAUGUAUGCUCAAAAUUAUAUCCUGCCUAUUUAGUGACUGACUAUUUGAUCAGCCACCUAAGGAGUCAUGGAAAGGAACCUUCCUACCCUUUAGCUUUUUUGAAAGUAUGUUAUGAUGUUUGUGAUGCUAUGGCAUUUCUGGAGAUCAGUCAGUUCAUACAUGGAGACUUGGCUGCUAGGAACUGUUUGGUUGACAGCAAAAUUACUGUGGAAGUAUCUGACUUCCAGACGACUCGGUAUGUUCUGGAUGAUCCGCAUAUAAGUUCUCUAGGAACCAAGUUUCCAGUGAAGUGGUCAACAUCCAAAGUUUUUCAUUGCAGGAAGUCAGAUGUAUGGGCCUUUGGUAUUCUCACAUAUGAGGUGUUCACUUUGGGAAAGCAGCCCUAUGAGCUUUAAUAUAGUAUGCCAGUGAUUGAGAAAGUUUCUCAUGGAUACAGAUUUUAUAGACCACAACAGGUUUCAAACACCAUCUACUAGAUAAUGGACAACUGCUGGAAUGAACUACCAGAAAAGCACCCUGCCUUUUAUCAGCUCUUACCAUUUUUUGAGGCAUUGAGAGAAGGCAACAGAGGUUGAAAAAGAAGAUUCAGAAACAGAUGACUGUGCAUACUGGUUUCAUAUCACCUGCCUUCUGUACGAGAGCUACAUCUGAAAUCUGCCUGACAUUAGCCAUGCCUAUUAUGCUAUAUAUUAGUGUUCUUCUCAUUUAAUCAGGGAGUUGACCAAGAAGCAUAUGGAGAAAGCUUUCGUGACACUCUGUGGGUGGCGCAAUUUGGAAGGAUACUGUGGAAGAAUAUAAUUCAUUUCGUUAGCAUUUUUUCAAAAGAAUUCUCAGGCACUGAGAUGUAUACAUACCAAUUAUGUGCACUCCUUCAGUGCUUCCAAGCUGUCAUUAUUUGGCCUUAACUGGUAAUGUAAACAGGGAAAUACAUGCUUGUUAGGUUUUCUGAUUAUCAUAACUCAUCUGAAUGUGUUUUUUCUUCAUAAUCACUUGAAGUUGACACCUGAAGUCAAACUUAGAACUGCUGCAAGUGACAGCGACAUAAAUAGA